AUAAAAAGGCCCCGUUUGGCGGGAAACAAAAAAACCAAACACGAUUAAAAGAGAAAUUUCGUUCUCCUUUUUCUGGCUGGCUUUUAAAAAUGAUGAAAUGCUCGCUUGUUGCCCUUUUGAAAGAUUUGUGAUCUGCUACCACUAUCGACAAGCGUCUCUCCUUCUUUUUAACGUGGUGCCAGAAUUUCUCCCGCUUAGUCUACUUUCUUUCUUUCUUCUUCUCUUUGCUUUUGUUACUUUUUAUUGACAUACUAAGUUACUGUAAUGGCUACCGAACGAAUAUCGCAAAUUCUACCAACAGUUAAAUGUUCAGAUUGUGGACGCGACGUACAAAUUCGUCGGUUAGGCGAUCAUUUAUGUUCCUCCAGCAGCAAACCACCUGUACCUGCUUUACCCAUUAUACCACCAGUCAAGAAGGAUCAAUACAAUAUAAAACCUAUUUCACCAUUACAAAGCCCGGAUCGUAAAUCUCCUCUACCUCCUAAUACUACUGCUACUACCAAUUUUACCAAUAAUUACAUUCAGGAGCAGCCAUUAUUGACUAACAAAUCAGGGACAUUAACUCCACCAUAUUGUUAUAGUGGAAUGACAAAAGAUUUGGUAACGAAGAAACCUCAACAGCAGCAACAGCAGCAUCCUUACUCGAAGAUGACUACAAAUAGUAAUAGCAUAAGCAGCAGUAGCAGCAGUAGCAGCAGCAGUAGCAGUAGUAGCAGUAACAGUAGCAGUAACAGUAGCAAUGGCGGUGCAGCUGGCGGUGGCAUUGGUUUAUAUACUGACGAUUUAUACAAUUCCUCAUCUUCUACUAUAACAACAUCACCAACAUCACCAAGAAAGAAUAGCACAUCACCUGCUCCAUUACUUUCAUCAAGUUCUUCUCUUUCAUUAGUAUCCUCUUUAUCUUCAUCACCAUCACCUUACCGGUAAGUCAUGUCAUUGUAUUUGGCUUUUCUCCCUCUUUCUCUAUCUCUCUCUCUCUUUCUCUUUGUUGUUGUACCUUAAAAAGAAAAGAAAAUGGAAUGUUUCCAGUUUCGAAAGAAGUGUGUAACUUGAUUUCUCAUUUCCCACUAUUUGUACACUGUGUACACAAUACAUUUU